UUGAAGUUUCUGUAGUCGCAAGAAGGGAAUGAAUUCUCAAGACAAGGUUCCUCUUGUUGCCGUUGUUGACUCCAGCUAUCAGACUAAUUUAGGGGAAUAGUAAGAGUGGGAGGAGGAAGCUGAGCCAGUGUUUCGAGAGAGGGAUGAGGGAAAAUGAUGAAUCGUGACUGUAACUCCUCCAGUUGAAGGAGGGGUGGCCACACGAGCGCCCAACUUGCUUUUGUAAGCAGUCGUUUGUGAGGCUCGGCAAGCCCGCACGUGGAGGAGAGGCUUUCACAUGGAUGUGUUGACUCGGAGCUAGUUGGAGAGUUGCCGGUUCAAGCCAUGUAAUCAGCAGCAGAAGCGGAGCACAUUCCUGUUUGCAAACAAUUUUUCUUCUCAAACAAGCUUCAUCCACCUCUCGGACUGGACUGCGGUGCGUUGACUUCGUCUCGCCCUCCCCUGCCCCCUCGCCCCCCAGCAAUGGCCUCACGCAUCGGUUUGCGUAUGCAGCUGAUGCGAGACCAGCUGCAGCAGGAGGAGCAGCGUGAGCGGCAGCAGCAGCAAAAUGCGGCCCUGCACCACAUGCAACGCCGCAUGGCCGGACCGUCCGCCCCCACUGCAGCCAUUAGUACCCCCCAGAAUUACCAAAGCAUGCAGGUGCCCGUGGAAAUUCUUAAGGUCCAGACCCACCUUGAGAAUCCCACAGACUACCACAUCCGUCAGUCUCAGAGGCAGCAGGUGAAAGAGUACCUCUCCACUACCUUUGCCACCAAACAGAUGGUUCACGCCGUAGCGGGUCCGAUGCCACCGUCUCCCCCUGCGGCCAUUGGCCCCACUGGGGGUUCGGCGUCUCUACCGCCACCGCUCCACUCUCCACACAGGCGCGCCGAGCAGCUCAUGACUGGCAAUAGUGCACCCAACAGCCCCAUGGCCAUGCUCAACAUUGGAUCCAACCCUGAGCAAGAGAUGGAUGAGGUCAUUGAUGACAUCAUCAGCAUGCAGUCCAGUUACGAUGAUAUUCAGGCUUACAUAGACCCCGUCCAGAUGCCUAACACACUCCCUCUGUCCAGCAGCCACCUGGAUGUGUACACGGGUCCAGGGAUGAAGGGGCCGGCCAUUGCAAUGACCAGCAAUUCCUGCCCUGCCAACUUGACCGUCAAACGGGAAAUUUCAGUCACAGAAGCCCGAGCUCUGGCCAAGGAGAGACAAAAGAAAGACAACCACAAUCUCAUUGAAAGGAGACGGCGGUUCAACAUCAAUGAUCGUAUUAAAGAGCUUGGCACAAUGAUUCCCAAAACCAAUGAUCUGUGUCAUAGCGAUGUUCGCUGGAACAAGGGCACCAUCCUGAGAGCGUCGGUGGACUACAUCAAACGUAUGCAGAAGGAUGUUCAGAGGACCAGAGAGGCGGAGACGAACUUCAGAAGGAUGGAAAUGGCCAACAAACAGUUGAUGCAUCGCAUUCAGGAGUUGGAGAUGCAAGCUCAUAUGCAUGGCUUACCCAGCAACUCUCCAUCUGGCUUGAACCCGGUUGACUUGAUGGCCCCAUAUGUAAAACAAGAGACCAGCCCUGAGGCGAACAUUUCCCACACUCAGACACAAGCCCCCCACCACCAGCUAAGCCAGAGUCAGGCUCCGCCCCCACCGCAGCAGCAUCACUUCCUCCCACAGAACCACCUGCACCCUCAAAGCCAGGCUCAGCUUCAGCAGCCCAGGCAGCUGGCCAUGCUCCCGCAGCACCUCCAGGCCCAGCCGCCCAUCCAGUACCCGGCCGUAGGCAGCUCCCAGCCCUUUGACUUUGCCCAGUCGCUGGACUUGUGCGACGGGAUGUCGGCGUUCUCGGACGCCAUGUCGGGGCUGGGCGAUCUGGGAGGACUGGAUGUGCAAAGCCGUAGAAGCGAUAUGGGCUUCCUUAUGAUGGAUGAGCCCCUGUCCCCCAUCGGCGGCGACCCUCUGCUCUCCACGAUGUCCCCGGAGGCCUCUGUCGACUCCAGUCGCAGAUCCAGUUUCAGCAUAGAUGAUGGUGACAUACUGUAGGCACAUGCACGCGCACACACAACCUCCACACACAUGUAAACACACACGCAAACACGCACACGCACGCACACACACACACACUCCUGCAAGCACACGCUUUGAGAAAAAACGGGGUGUUGGUACCACUAUGAACAGCAUAAAAAGAAAAUCAUCACAAUGACUGGAACUUAUUAAGCACCAGUCUCACAAUGUAUCCAAUAAUACAGAUAUUAGAAAAUUCUACAGUAUGUUGUUUUUAGGAAGGUGGUAGUCAUUUUUAUCCACAGGAUGAAAACCUUGACCCCAUUUCGUCAUCACGAUGAGCACUAUCGGGUUGUUGUCAGCCAGCGGCCGUCGCAAACAUGCUAAUCUUAGCGCGUCCUUAAAGUGGCCAUGUCGACAUUUACAUUGUGGGCUUUACGGGUGUGACUUUUCUAAUCUUCACUUUCGGUGUCCUUUUUUUGGCAACUCACACAUCCACAAGUGCCACAUUCUACGCCGCCUUCAUACUCAGGUAUUGUAAGAGAAUUUACAAGCAGGGUCAAGUUAAAUAAGUGCUGAUGGGAACUUUUUUAGGUGGUACCGGCCCUCACACUGGGUGGCUUUGCAAUACAGAUCACCAUUGCUUCAUACACACAAAGGUGUUCAGUAAACACAGAUGUGAGAUCCCCAUUACCCACACGCACUCGUGACCACACACUUACACAAAGGACAUCUUUUUUGGUCCAUUUUGUUAUCAUGGCAGCCUGAGCAUUAUGGAUGGGAAAGAAAUCUCGUUGGGGAUAUUUUGGAUUCUAAAUAGGGAUGGGCAUUUGUCUACAUUUGUUUGAUUGACGGUGAACGCUCACUUAAAAGAUUCUUUGUUCUUUUUGGGGAUGGAGAAUUGCUCUGUGAAUGUUGUAGCCAAGUUGUGCACUCCAUAUUGUGUCAAAAGCUUCAAGAUGUAACAAGUCAACAAUCAAUUCCACACAAUCGACCAAAUUCAUGAUCACGACAACUUUUAUGCCCAUCCCUAAUUAUAGCGUCUUUAUUGUAGCUUGUUGUUUAUUCUAUUCCCCAAAGCACUGGAAACUAUAUUAUUGUUUUGACUUUGUACAAAAAUGAUUAUUUUUAUUUUGAGGUUUUAUGCCAUAAGCAGCUUUUAAAUAUGUUGUUUGUGUUCUUUUCAAGCAUUUUUAUUUAGUUUUUUUUUGCACCCAAAACAAUUCUGUCACCUUUCAAGCCAGUUAAAGCCACCCAUGCAUUACUUGAGAUGAAGCCAAGAGCCAUUUGGGAACUUUUACUGACAAGGAAGGUUUGUAGUCUGAUACCUUUAUUUCGUUCUUCUUUUUUUAAUAUGCACAAUUGGGCUUUUAUUGUUCUUAUUGUUAUCUUUUGAAGCCAAAUAUUAGAUGAAAGGUGAUUCUGAUUGAAUUAAAAUUUCUCACAUUGUGAAUGUAAAGUUUACCAGUGUUUCUGGUCAGCGGGAAGUCAGUUUUGCUGUGCCUUUACUUUACCCUUUCUUUGUAGCUGUGGUUUCCAUGGAAACUGCAAGACUGACUUCACCUCAACUCUGUGCUGAAUGCCUUACCAUUUUUGUUUUUCCACCGGAGGUGUGCCUUGUCCCAUUUCAACCACAGUUUGACUGUUGUUGACAACCUUGCCAACACUCCAAAGAAUAUUUCCACUAGAGGGCGCUCUGUUGCGCAACAUACACAGCGGGCAUGUCCUGAUUUGAAAUAAGUUAUAAAAAGGUUUUACCAGAAUCCA